UGGAUGCUAGAGAGUACUGGAUGAAACAGCUGUUCACUACUCUCAUUGAAAACGAGAGAGUACUGGAGAGCUGUUUUGUUCUAGAUUAGGACUCUUGAUCAGCACCCACCCACUGGGGAUCGACACCAGGACUUCCUAGUUACUGAGCAAGCUCAGCCUGCAGUUCUAGUGAGAAGCUUUGACCAGUGGAGUCCAUCAAGUUAAGUGUGAGGGCAGUGAUAUAGACUGGUGAUUGCACAAAAAUUACAAAUUGGUAGAGGUUAUAAUUUAUAGGUCAUUGUCUCGGGUCUCAGUGGCUGAAUGGUCUACGAACUUGCCUUUUAACUGAGAAGAUCCUGGUUUGGCAACUCGGUGGGUGGGCCCUAAAGUCCCAAACUAGGAUGGAAUAGCUGUUCAGUAUUUGCAGGCUUUCCGUGAUCAAACUUGUUAACUUAUUUUGGCAGUUCAUUUUCACAUGUAUUUAAUGUAAAUUAUUUUAACAAAAUUGAAUUGCGCCUAUGUCAGUUUGGCUUUUAUGCAUUGUUUUACUUUUACCUGACCAGUAGUUUGAAUAGAUGGCUGUGACAAUGCUUUAUUCCUUUAUUCGAUACUUAUCUUGUAAAUAUUCCAAGAACCAGUAAUCUGUCCACAACAACCUAUUUUAUGCCACAUAUGAAUUUUAUUUCUAUUUAUUUAAAACACACAACCUAGUACAUUGUAGACCAUACAAUGAUAAUAAAACAGCGACAUACGGAAAAAUAGGUAGAGAAUGAAUAAGGAUUUCGUCGGGAAGAGAAGCAGGUGGUAUAUUUAACAAGACCAAACAACAUUCGUCACUUAUUGUCAGGAAGGGAAGAAAGAAGGAAACUGCAGCACGUUCGCCAUUGGUUGCGAUUUUUGGCCAUAUCCGAUAACGUUUUGAGCUACUGAUUUGAGCUAUCUCUCGGGCCCCAACCAAGGAGUCGUGACACACCAAGCGAUGCUAACCUAACAAAAAUAUCCUUUCUCCCACGACGCCACAUCAUAAGCUAACCACCUCCCCUCUUUUCUCAUCCCGUCCCAGUGCUAGCAAAUACAGACCGGUAUGGAAGGCGCUGAGACGACAUUCGUAGCAUAUGUCCAAUCACCGAAGCCGGUGUUUCCAAAUGGAGACACUCAAUGAAUGGUGAUCUCCAAUGUGUCCAAACACUCUGUCGGACAUCGAAAUUAAUCACACUGCUGUGCCAUCGAACGUAAGCAAUUUUAAGGAGAUAGCGAUGUCCGAAUACGCAGAGUCACCGCACAUCCCCAGUUCAGAGAAGCCCGAAGUAGAGCAAGACAGUGCUCACUGGAGCAUUGUAAAACCUACCUUCGACAACCAAGCUAACGUUCUGACCGCGCCAGAGGUGGCUCAAAUUAGCGUGUCACCUUAAGUUUCAUGAUACGGUUAGAAAUCCCAUCCCAGGUACAUGAACUUAUCGACAAAUUCAAGCGGUUCACUUGUAAGAGUGCAAGUACAGGUUCCUGCCGAGGUUGUAAUAGUGCCUUGCGCUUAAAUAGUGCAAUGCACAUAUCAUACUUACAGAGACUGAUCGCCAACUGAUUAACUGCGAUUUGGGUAGUCUGAUGAAGAACUAAUUCAUAGAAAAAUAUUCAUUCUCUUCACCUUUGUUUCAUAAUGUUUGAUUUGCCACAUCUUUACCCAUAUUGUUCUCUCUGCUUAUUUUCCCCUUCUCUUUUAGUUGAUGCCGAGUCACUAAUUGCUUCUUCAUUAGAACCUAAAAGUCAGCUGAUAUGUGUCAUUCCAAUGCAUGUGAAAUAUAUCCCAGAAGAACACUUUAAAGGGCCUGCAACUCUAUGGGCAUAUCUUCCACAUAAUCUCUCACCUAGUGUCCGUGGGACGUUAUUUAAAUUUGCAUACAAAGUGGUAGUUGCAGUACAAGUGAAAAAUAUAAAUUCUGAAAUCAAAAGCCAUCUGAUUCAAUUACCGCUUCGUAUAUUACCCUCAAAAAUGAUGUACCAAAGUUUAAGAAUUGAAGAAAAUGAUGCUAAAAAGGAAGGCUAUCCACCUGAUCACUCAUCAAAUCCAUUUUGGGUUCCUGAUACAAGAGAUGAAAACUCGUACUUCAGUUUUGCUUUUGAUGAAUGCUCUCCUGUGCGUGAACGAGGAGAAGCUAGUAGCAGUCAUUUGUGGGAGGAAAAAACUGCUAGGUCUUCUGAUGAAUUAUCCCCUAGUGUUUCUCAGUGUGAGGAACUCAGUUGUUCAGACCAAUCUGCUCAAGAUGCUAAGAAAGUAUAUAUAUACCCUUCUAAACAAGAAGAGUUAAUGAAUGUAUUGGCGAAUUCACCACCUGCCAACUUUGUAAUUUCCACUUCACGUGGACGUAUUGGUCGUUUGUCUUUUCAACGGACUCUACUCUGCCUAGGCGACAUGAUACGUGGUUACUUUGACUUCAAUGAAGCUGUUGUGCCAUGUUUCACAUGUGUUAUAAGUUUGGAGAGUGAAGAGAAAUAUAUGCUGCAUAGUGAAAAUCCUUUCCUACUGUCAGAUUGUAAAGUUGCAACCAGAAAUGAUGAAGUUCAAAACUAUUCCAUAGGCUGUAUUCCUUUGUCCAAUAUUGGCCAAUCUGUAUGCACAAAUUUUCAACCUUUAGGCACUACUCAAUAUACAGCGGGUGCAGAUAUUACAUUGAAUUGUAUCUCAAAACUAAUGUUACCCUUUACUAUUCCUAUACCAAGUAAUAUUACACCUCAGUUUCAUUCUGUUAGUUUAUCUAGUCCUUACAUUGCUUUAGAUUAUCGAUGGCGUUUACACUUAGAAUUCGAUUUAAUUUCAGAAAGUAGUAAAAAAGAUGUAUUUGAUCAUCUAAAUGGUAAAACCUGCGUAAAACGAUCCUAUGGUACCGUGUGGACUUUUCCUUCUAAUAUAAAAACUGAAAAAUUUACAAUGGAUAUACCAGUUCAGUUAGUGCUUUCAACUCCCUCUGUGAUAGACUAUUUACGUGAUGAUAUAGAACGUUCUCUUCGCAUAUAGGUUGUUUUUUUUAUAAUGAUUUCCUCUUUUGACUUACUUAGCUUUUGUACAAGAAUGCUUAUUUUUGUAAUACUUUUGUUUUCCUUCUGAUUUGAUCAAAUUAUUUGAGGUUUGAUUUCUAGUGUUUAAAUAUUUUUGUGUGGUGUAUAAUAUCCACAUAUAUUUCGUGUUUUGCAAAUAUCAGACAUUUCAGUAUGCAUUUCUAUGAAUUUUAACUAAAAUUUGCUUAAAAGAAUAUUUAAUAAAAUUGUUAGAUUCUUUUUGUGUGGGGUUAUGGUGGUGUGAGGAAAGAACCAAUAAAAUUAUGGUUAGC